AUGAAACAUGCUGCUGCUACACUUGGAUCUGGAAACUUGAGACUAGCUGUGAUGCUUCCUGAAGGAGAAGACCUUAAUGAAUGGGUGGCUGUGAAUACUGUGGAUUUCUUCAAUCAAAUCAACAUGCUUUAUGGGACCAUAACGGAGUUCUGCACAGAAGAUAGUUGUCCAAUAAUGUCAGCAGGUCCCAAAUAUGAAUACCAUUGGGCAGAUGGACACACUGUUAAGAAACCAAUAAAAUGCUCUGCUCCCAAGUAUAUUGAUUAUUUAAUGACAUGGGUGCAAGAUCAGUUAGAUGAUGAAACUUUGUUUCCUUCAAAAAUUGGUGUUCCCUUUCCUAAGAAUUUUCAGUCUAUUGCUAAAACUAUUUUGAAGAGGCUGUUCAGAGUAUAUGCACAUAUCUAUCAUCAGCAUUUCAGUGAAGUUGUCCAAUUAGGUGAAGAAGCACACUUGAAUACAUCUUUCAAACACUUCAUAUUUUUUGUUCAGGAAUUUAGUCUCAUUGAAAGAAGAGAAUUGGCACCCCUGCAAGAACUGAUUGACAAGUUGACAGCUAAAGAAACACGAUGA